AUCUGUCAUUAGUAAUUUUUGACCCCAAAAUUAUAUGACAUGCGUCAAUCAAAAAAAGACAGCGUCAAAUUCUGAAAAUGAAAAAUUCAUCAAAUGUGUGUAUUCUUCUCAAUGAAGCAGUGGUUUUGUGUAAUUUUUAGUUCCCCAUCUUCCAUUAAAAAAUGUGAUUCUUUAUCAGUAUUAAAUAAACUUUCUUAAGCUUUUUAAAUGAGUAUGUGUUGUUACAUUAAUGCAAGAAGAUGGAUUAGAGGAAUAAUAACUAUGAAGCUCAUGAAAUCUACACAAAAUGAUGUUGUCUGCCUACGCCAGAUUUAUUGUUCGCCACCCCUACCUGAUUCUUGGAAGCAUAAGUGUGAUUUCCACAAUACUUACAGUAAUUCCUUUGGUAUGUCACGAAUUGCCAUCAUUUUCCGAUCCUUUGGUUGGGUUUGAGACCCGCGGCACUGCACUGGCUCACCGUUUUAUUGCUUGGGAAAAUUUGAUCGACGAAACGAGACCUUCUCGGAGACUGGCCGUUAACCCUAAGGAAAUUGAAGACCAAAUUCGUAUGAAUCAUACUUACUACAAUAGAACCAGACCAGAUAAACCCAGGUCAGGUCGCGGCCGCUCAAAAAAGAAGAAUCGCAACAAAAAGAAAAAACUCAAAAACAAUAGUACAGGAAUUGAAAAGAAGUUGUUCAAUUUACCUGAAUUAAACAUAUCUAAUGGACAUGUGCACUGGGGUUUUGGAAUCAAUGUUUCUAUUGAAGAUGAAAAUGCUGCUUUUAUAAAGGAACACAGACGGAAACAAUGGCUAUCAAUCAAACAGAUGCAGAGACGACCCGACAAGCCCAUCCACCUCAACUACGCGUCAGGUACUUGUGGCCCGCCAGUUUCUGAUUAUGCCCAUUUAGUUGUAACUAGUUCUGAUAAUACAUCAUUGUUAACAUUUGAAAAUGUAUAUAGUAUGUGUAAAUUCCAAACUCAUCUUGUAGAAGUGGGAACAUCUGAAUAUUAUAAGUUGUGUCAGCGGAACACACAUUCUGAAGAUCUUUGCUGCCCUAUUUGGAGUGUGCCAAACUACAUAGCUUUAAUAUCAGGCAAGAGUACAUGUGAAAAUUUAACCAGGGAGGAUGUAGAUUCAGCUGUUAGUAUUUUGCGGAAAUGUGCUGGCUAUUUUCACAAUUUUACUUUAAUGGCAUCGUGUGACCUGGACCGUUGUAAGGUCCCAAAAUAUUGUUCACAGUAUGAUGCUGUGUACAAUUUGUUGUUUUAUAUCAUAGACUCAGAGGCUUUCUCCCCAACAGAUUAUUCCCAAACUUUUGUGAAAAAUGCAAUGAUCUUUCUUCCUUUGCCAUAUAGUGUUACUUCAUUACCUUAUUAUGUAAAGUUGGAACGUUCAAAUUUGACAUAUGAUGCUCUUACUGUACCUGCCAUGGAUUUCGGACUAAAAAAUACUCUUUUUGAUGCAUUGUUGAUUCAAGACACCUGGCUAAUAGGUUUAGGAGGUAUCUUUGUAUUUAUAGGUGUAUGGUUUUACACUAAAUCUGUAAUUCUUACUGUGCUGUUAUUUACGGCAAUAGCAUAUUCACUUGGAAUAGCAUACUUCUUGUAUGUUUAUGUGUUCAAUUUGGAGUUUUUUCCCUUUAUGAAUUUACUAGUGAUAGUUGUUGUGAUAGGAAUUGGAGCUGACGAUGCAUUUCUCUAUGUUAAAAUUUGGAUCACUGUUAGUAAACAGCUCAUAAGAGAUAAUGUGGUGACUGAAGAUAACUGUUUAACUGACAUCAAGAAUGUAUCAAGUGCUGGAGAAACAAUCCUCGUGCAAAUCCUUGAGGAAACUUUGAAACAUUCUAUCGUGACUAUGUUCAUCACAACUUUGACGACUGCAGUUGCAUUUUUCGCUUCUUAUGUAAGCUACAUUCCAGCUAUUAACUGUUUUAGCGUUUUUGCAGGAACGGCGGUUAUGGUAAACUUUUUACUAAUGAUUAGUUGGUUGCCUGUAUCAGUGUAUGUUAUAGAUGUUAAAUUGUGUACUAGUAAUGUCAAGGUAUUAGAUGUAAUUCAGAAAGCUAUUAAUGAGAUUUGGGAAGAUAUCAUAGUUGUUUUAAGUAGAUUCAUUAUUACAUGUGUAAUGAAACUACACAUGCCGUUUGUUAUGUCAUUGGGUGCUAUAGGGAUUGGAAGUAUUGUUGUAGUGUUCUACUCUCCAGGGCUGCAACUGCCAGAGUCCAGACAAUUUCAACUAUUUCAGUCUUCACAUCCUGUAGAACAGUAUGAAAUGCAGUACAGAGAUAAAUUCCUAUUUGAAAGAUUUGGAAAAGACAUUGGCACAGGUAGUAGAAUGCCAUUAAGAUGGAUAUGGGGCGCUAAAGCUAUUGACAAUGGAAACCAUAUGGACCCAUACUCCACAGGACAUUUGGUUUUUGAUGAGACAUUUUCUGUGUCUGAUCCAAGCUCCCAAGUAUGGUUGUUAAAGUUCUGCAUGAAAUUAAAAGCACAACCAUUCUAUCAGCCAAUGUUUGGACCUCUUUUGCCAAAUUGUUUUAUUGAAGGUUUCAAAAAAUUAAUGAGUAUUCGGUGCAUUGAUAAUAUUGACAAAUUAAAUAGAACACCUUGCUGCGAGUCAUCUCCAUUCCCCUAUAAAAAAGAAGUAUUUGAAUAUUGCAUUAUAAAAGCCAUGGAGUCUUUAUAUGGGACACGUGGGGAGUUGUUUAUGCCUGGGGUGGCUGGUCCCAAAUUUUUAAGAAGCGCAAGGCCACCUACUGUAGCCGCUAUGGUAGUUGAAUUUGAAAGUGUAGUCCCAUAUUCGAUGUCGUAUACUAGUAUGAAUAAUUUCUUCUUGCAUGUUGAAAACUGGACACAAGAAGAAUUAAAAUCUGCGCCACCAGGAAUGUCAGGUGGUUGGUUCUUGUCUGAUUUCCAGUUUUAUGAUCUCCAAAGAACUCUAGCCAGUGGCACUGUAAUGGCAUUAAUUUUAUCGGCUAGUUUAGGAUUUGUCGUGUUGAUACCGGCGACAUUAAAUUUCGUAGUUAGUAUUUGCGCGUUGACGGCAAUGAUCUUUUCAUCUACCGUCACUAUAGCGAUUUUGGUUUUAUCUGGCUGGAAAUUGAAUGUUUUGGAAAGUGUAGCUAUAUCGACAUCAGCUGGCUUAGCUGUUGACUUUAGUCUGCAUUAUGCACUGAGUUACACAAAUGCCAGUGGUACUAAAUCGUCUAGAGUCAAAUAUGCGCUAUCGGCCUCCGCCGGACCAACUGCUGCCGCUGCUUUGACUACCGGCUUAGCUGGGAUUUUUCUUCUCCGUUCUAAUCUUCUUCCGUAUUUCCAAAUCGGAACAUUUCUUGCAUUAAUAAUGUCAGUAAGUUGGUUUUAUGCUACAUUUUUCUUAUGCUCUCUGCUUCAAUUAUUUGGGAAAAAUUCUUCGAAGGAAUCUCCCACAGAGGAACAUAAAUCUGUAUCGAGGGUUAGUUCUAUUUGUUCUGGGGUACCCAAUUUAGAAAGCCAUGAACUGGAACACUUGGCAGACAGCAAUCGUACAAAUGUAACUCAUUCGCAUAGUCCUUCCAGUGUAAGCGCCACCACUGUGGUGCUCCAUGAGGACUACGAUACUUCUCACAAUAAAGUUGAUAAGAAAAUUAGCAUUACUAGUAAUAAUAUAGCUUGUGACAAGGACUGAAUGUUUAGAUGUAAUUGAUAUUAUAAGAAAAUAAACUUUUUGGAGUAUUUAUGACAAUUUUACGAACAGUAUUAUUGUGACGCUCACAAAACUAGUUUACAAGCUUACUGUUUCUCUGCAAAACUAAUUGAUUUUUUUAAGUGAAUGCCUAUUUUGAUUCAUGUACCUACUUAACUAUUUUUUUUUGUAAAUAUUAUCGAUUAAUUAACUGAUAAAAUCAAGAGGAAAACGUUAUUAUUGUGACAAUAACUAUCGCAUAAAUUAAUAAUUCAUAUUCGACAAUAUGGUAUGUAAACGAGCUUAGCUUGAACAUAAUCAAUAAUUAAUUAUGUUGAUUUCUCUUUCUUACCUUAUUAUGUUUGAAUUUCAUCUCGAUGUUUAUAUUCACCUACUAAGUAAAACAUGAUCUUUCUGUAGUAAAUCAAUUCUUUUUGUAUGAAUUAGGUAUUGAUUUGCUAAGUAUUAUUUUCCAGUAUUUAUAAUGCUAUUGAAUCUCACGAUUUUUAGAUCAUCCACCCUUGAAAAUUACUUGGUGUCAAUUCAAAAUCACAAUGAAAUUUUUAUUCAUCGAAAAUUUAAAUGUAUUUUCGUAGAAAGUAUUAAUAUUAAGUACUACUUUGUUAUAAGAGAGUUAAAUUAUUUUAAGGUACAAUUAUGUAACUUAAAUUAAUUAGUGAUCAAUGGUUACUUAUUAUUUAAUGUUAAAAGUUUUUAUGAAGAAGGCGAUUAUUAUUACAUUUGUUUAUGUUAUGCUGACAUAAGAUAAAUAUACAUGCCUAUAUAUCUACUGUUAGAGAUAAUGUUCAGUGCCAUAAUUCAGUACCUAUGUAUUUAUUUUUAUAAUUAGAAAACACUGACCUACCUAGUUUUAAUAUGUGUAGUAACAUACAUAAUUUAUGUAUUGUUAUUAUGUAUAGUAUGUAUAUGUCUAAAAUUUAGGUAUCAGAGGACUCCUGGGAAAUAACUUCCUAUUUAAUUUCCAUUUACUAUUAAUGUGACUUUUCCUAGUCUUUUAGUAUUAAUUGAUUACUUGACUCAGUAUUUUCAUUAAACUAUUCAAACAGAGUUAAUUGAAAAAAACAAAAUGUAUUUGUCUCCUAGAUUUAUACUUAAACAUAAAUACCUACUGAAUUCUUGCACAAAAAAUUGUACAAAAAAAACUGUUUUACUUGUGUUAUUAUCAUACUGAUAAUAAUUUAGCCAUAUCCACGUAGUAAAGUAUAAUCCUAGGUGUUGUUAUUGAGUCAUU